AGAUAAUAUAUUUGAACGCAAAGAAUACAUCUUAAUUUUCAAUACGCAUAUUUCAAUAAAUCAUUGUAAAUUCGAGGACAUGAAUGGGACCAAGUUCUUCGUUUGCAUUAUCUGGAAUCAAGUUUUUUUUAAAGGACAGUGAAAUCAGUAUUCAUGUGAGAAUUCACGACCUACUACGAGAGACAGAAAUGCAAACUGCAAGAAGCAAAGAGGAGAAGAAGAAGAAUCCUUUACAGAGACUUGGAUUUAUGAUGAUGAUGACGCCAUUUAUUAUGCAGAUACUUUCCUUACCGGGCGCCAUAGCGAACGUUAAAUUAUCACUUCUAAGGAGUAUUAUGGUGGCGCAGUUAGCAAUUGCUAUAAUGAUCUAUAAUUUAAUUAAGAGUUCGCAAGACUCGGAAAUAGUGGUGGUUCAUAAGCCGUAUCAUCAUAUACACUAUCGUCAUGGUUUUCCCGAUGACAUUGAGGACGAAUGGUUUGCGGAGAUUGCAAUCUAUAAUCACGAUCCACUCGAUUCACGAUCCACGACCAUUAAUGAUAACCGUGCAAUUAUCUCCCAGCCGAGUCUGCAAAAUGUGUGA